CCAGGUGCCCCGCCCAUGCCCGAGCGGCUUGUGGCGCAUGCGCGGGGGGGCUGGGGCUGUGUGCAGGGCCAGCGCGAAGCCGGAGCAACCGCGGUGAAGCUACUGGGCUCCGCUGAGACCGCCGUGCCCGCUGGUCGCCUCGGCCGCCGCUGCCUCAAGCCGUCGCCGCCGCCGAGUGAGCGGCUGCCUAUUGUCCUUCUCGGCGGCGAAGGUGUGGAGCUGCUCCGGCUGGGCCCGCGGGGGAGCCCCGGGCGCCUCACGGGCGAUUGUGUGGUUACCGUGUUGCUGGCUGAAGAGGACAAAGUUGAGGAUGAUGUAGUUUUUUACUUGGUAUUUUCGGGUUCCACCCUCCAUCACUGCACAAGUACUCGGAAGGUCAGUGCUGAUACGCUGGAGACCAUUGCUCCUGGUCACGACUGCUGCGAGACUGUGAAGGUGCUGCUCUGUGCUUCCAAGGAGGGCCUUCCCGUGUUUGUGGUGGCUGAAGAAGACUUCCACUUCAUCCAGGAUGAGGCAUACGAUGCAGCCCAGUUCCUGGCGACCAGUGCUGGGAAUCAGCAGGCUCUGAACUUCACCCGUUUUCUUGACCGGUCGGGACCCCCGUCUGCAGAUGUGAAUUCCCUUGACGAGAAGGUCGCCCUGGCAUUCAGACACCUGAAGCUGCCGGAGGAGUGGAAUGUGUUGGGGACAGAUCACACUUCGCAUGAUGGUGGUCCACGGGAGACGUUGAUGCAUUUUGCUGUGCGGCUGGGGCUGCUGAGGUUGACGUGGUUCCUGUUGCAGAAGCCAGGUGGCCGUGGGGCUCUCAGCAUCCACAACCAGGAAGGAGCGACACCUGUGAGCUUGGCCUUGGAGCGGGGUUAUCACAAGCUGCACCAGCUUCUGACCGAGGAGAAUGCUGGGGAGCCAGACUCCUGGAGCAGUUUGUCCUGUGAGAUCCCGUAUGGAGACUGUUUUGUGAGGCACCAUCGAGAGCUGGACAUCUAUACAGUAACCUCUGAGUCUGAGUCAUGUCAUGAAGCCCUAUUUCCUGGAGACACUUGCACUGGACAUAUUUUUAAACUUAUGAACAUCCAACAGCAGCUAAUGAAAACAAACAAGCAGAUGGACAGUCCUGUGCCCUUAAUGGUGACAGCGCAGGAUCCUUCAAGUCUGCCCCGCGCUCCAGACGCAGAUGGCCAGUUUCUCUGCUGCACGUCGGAUCCCGGGGACAGCCAGCAGUGCUCGUCUCUUCCCGAAGACCCUGAGCGCCCUCCGAGCGGCCACGGGAGCACUGUGGGGGAGAUGGAGAGUUCUUCCAAUUUGUCAGGUGUGGCUGAGGAAGAGAAUACAGACUGUUCCUGUAAGGAGGAAACUAAAGGUGUGGGGAGCGAAGGGGCAGAGGCAGAGUCAUCACUUACUAUGGACUGUGGAGCCGUGUCUGAUCCCAGCAGCCACUUUCAGAGCACGCCUGCUUGUGGAGGAGAGGGCACAGGAGACUUUCCAUCCUGUGGAAUUAACAGUGGAGAAACUGGAACAAAAUCAUCUGCAUUGGCCACAGACCAGGAGUCUCCAGGCACUGGAGACAGCGUCCUGCAGGGAGACGUGGGCAUGCAACUGGGCACCGCUCCCACUCUGCAUUUCUCUGGGGGUGAACUGGCAGUCAGCAUCCCGGUGACUGCAGGGGAGACAGAAUGUGGUCUCCUGAAUGCGGACGCCACCGCCCAGAAGGACGUGCUUGAAGUAAGGGACGGUACAAAGGAAAAGUUUGAGAACUCUAGUAUCAGCACAGCUGGAGCCUCUGACGUAAAAGUCACAAGACCGCCUUCAGAUAAAGCUGCUGUUCCAAACUGUGUCUCUGCCACCGGCUCCCCGGAUGGCAGCAAACCUGCUGAGUCUUUACUUGUGUCUAGGAAGGGAGAAGCCUCCCCUGUCACAGCUGCAGAAACAGAAACUUCAAGAAAUUGUGAAGGGAGCGCUGGGGCUCCCAUGGAUCCGAGCUCCCUGGUAGUUCCAGCUGCUGCAGAUGGGCUCGAUCCUUCUGCUCCCUUGGCAGGCACAAGCGAGGCAGCGUCACCCUCUGAUCUGACCUUUCCCGGGCCGCAGAAAGACAUGCCAAACCAGAAAUCAGAAACUGAUUCAUCUCACACUCAGAGCCAAAACAGCAGAUCGCCCAUCUGUUCUACAAGUGGGGGGGACACUCUGUGUGCUGGCCCUGCCCGUGGGCAGAGCCCAGUGACUUCUGGUGGCAUGCUGGCUGCGGGACACUGUGAUGGCAUAGUUAGCCGGCCUGAGAGCACCGCCCCAGGACCACCCCCCACACAGCAUCCGCCCCCGGCCUUCUGCUGUGAAGGUCCACGGGCUCACACAGCCACCCCGGGCCCUCUCAGAGACACCCAGGAGCAGGUAGAAUUUCCUCCUCUCGAAGUUUCAGAUGGAAAGGGCCAGGGAAAAGAUUUGAACCCAGGAACCGCUUUAACAAAGACGCUUGAGGUGCAUCCACAGGCAGUUGUCCCCAAAGCCGAGAAAGAACUGGUAUCAGACCAGGCAGUGACAUCAGACAAGACUUUUUCUCUGGCGAGCAGUCCAGGCAGUGAAUCAGUAACCAAAGAUGACGCACUUUUUCUUGUCCCCUCCCAGAAAGAAAAGGGAACAGCAACUCCUGAACUACAUACAGCUACAGAUAGUAGAGAUGGCACAGGCGGAGAUCCGCGCGAUCCUGAUAAGCAGCCAUUAGAAGAUGGUGCCACAGGCCUAGCUGCGCCCUCCACUGCUCUCCAUCUUCAGCCCAGCAUGGGGAAUACCAGUCCCAUGGGACUUGGAGGGGAACAUGGGAGUCCCUGCCUCUCAGCAGCCUCUGAAGUUCUGGAUUUCGAGGAGGGCGCUGACCCUUCUCUGCUACGUGCGGGUAAGGCCACUGUGGCCUCCGAUUCCAUUCUGACUGAAGAAGGAAAAGGUCUGGUGGUUCCAGAAAGCUCUGAAGCUCAGGGGCAAGAUGGCACGGAUAAAGCAGUGACUUGUUCCUCUGUUAAGGAAGACACUCGUUCCUCAGGAGCGUUUCAGGAAGAGCAGAGAACACCACCUCCUGGACAGGAGGCACUGGGAUUCUGUGGAGAGCCUAGCUCAGCUGCUGAGGACAGAGCCCUUGAGCACGGUAAUUCACUGGGCACACCCUCGGCCUGCCUGAACGCAGAAAUGAAGCAUAACAAGGAAGUGGCCCCACCAGUCUCGCUGCUGACUGAAGGUGGGGCUGCACAGAGCCUGGUGCCACUGGGAGCAAGUCUGGCUGCAGACCCAUGCCAGGAAGCCUUGGGUGCAGAGCAUAGCAGCUCAGCUCCGUUGCCAGGUCUGUUACCAGCUGGGUCUGAGGCUCUUCCUUGCCAUCGAUCUUCUGCUCUGGAUGGUGGAUUGCGAAACUCUGAAUCCCAGGGUGAAAACACUGCUUGUGAGGUGAGCAGAAAUGGGUUGGAUGUUGCCGUGGUUCAUGCUUUACAAGAUCCUGUCAGGGUCAGAAGAAAGGCUGUAUCACACAGUGCCCAAGACUCCCCGACUUCAGAAGUCUUGAGCCAGGAGAAGACUAUGAUGCUGGGGCUGCCAGGAGCUCUGGCAGACAAAGGUGUGACUGACCUACAGGGUGCCGCAGCCCCGGAGAUGGUGACUCUCGGCUGGAAGGAGGGAGAGCGCAGCUGCAGCUUGGCUGGCUCCGGGGACGCACAGGUGCAUGCUGACGCACGGGACAUCCCACAGCAGCCGCUUGCCAGAGAGUGCCCUGCUGACGCCGGACCCUCAAGCCUUGGCGAUCAGGCCCCGGGUGGGGCAGGGGGCGCUCCCCCUCUACCCUGUGCUGGGCCUCUGUCCCAGAGAGCAGACUCCAUCGAGGAGGCUGCGAGUCGCAUAGUGGAGGCCGUCCUCAACCAAGUCAAGUCCUCGGGAGCACUGAUCACUGGGCGGGGGAUCAGUCACAUGUCACUGUCCAGUCCUGCAGAGUCGGGCCCAGUGACUGAGCAGCCAGAGAGCGCUUCUGCAGGGCAAGGGAGCACUUUUCUGCCUGGGCGGACCGCACACAUGGGCAGUGUCUGUGAAGAAGCCCCCGGCAGCCUUGCAGGGGGUUUGGCUGAAAGGGAGGAGCUGGAGACGAUGGCUCUGCCCGCUGAAGGAUCUGAGCCGGCGGCAGAAAUGCCAGACUUGAAAGCUGCAGAUGAAGUGGAUUUUCUGAGUAAUACCAGGGUGAGCCUGGCUCCUGCAGAGGUGGCCACAGGGUUCGCAGCGGCCAGACCCAGACCCGACGUGAAGCAAGGCCUGACGCCCCAGGCGAUAAACCGAGAAAGCUGGUGUACGAUAAAGCCGUGCCCUGAUGCAGCGUCUCUGUUGGCCCCCACACAGAGCCCAGAAUGUGAGAACUUCCUGGAGGUUGGACUAGGCAGAGAGUGUGCCUCAAAACAAGGUGUCAUCAAAAGAGAAUCCGGCAGUGACUCUGACCUCUUUCACUCACCCAGCGAAGAAGUGGACAGCAUCAUCUUCCCCAAGCCUGAGGAAGAGCAGCUGGUCUGCGAUACCACCGGGUCCAGUUCUUCCACUGAGGACACCGCUUCCUUGGAUCGACAUUCUUCUCAUGGCAGUGAUGUAUCCCUCCCCCAGAUUUCAAAUUUGAACAGGUCCCGAGAUCAGCAGUGUCUUGACGGCUUCUACAGCCAUGGCGUGGGAGCUGAGGGUCGAGAGAGCGAGGGUGAAGCUGCUGGCUCAGGUGAGAUGGAGGAGGAGGAGAUGGACAGCAUCACCGAGGUGCCCACGAACUGUUCUGUGCUGAGGAGCUCCAUGCGCUCCCUGUCCCCUUUCCGGAGGCACAGCUGGGGUCCCGGGAAGAACGCGGCCAGCGAUGCAGAGAUGAACCAGCGCAGUUCAUUGCGAGUUCUUGGGGAUGUUGUCAGGAGACCUCCCAUUCAUAGGAGAAGUAUGAGCUGGUGUCCCUCUGGUGUGCAAUACUCUGCUACCCUGAGUGCUGACUUUAAUUACAGAAGUUUCAGCCUAGAAGGCUUGACAGGAGGACCUGGUGUCGGAAACAAGCCACCUUCAUCUCUAGAUGUAAACUCUAUAAACACCAAAGAGCUCAGGCACCCUUUCAGUGGUGAAGAAAGGGGUGACUCUUUGGUGUCGCUUUCAGAAGAGGAUCUGGAAUCAGGCCAGAGAGAACAUAGGAUGCUUGGUCAGCAGGCGUGUCACAGAUCUAAACAACAGGGAUUCAAUUACUGUACAUCAGCCAUUGCUUCCCCGCUAACAAAAUCCAUCUCAUUAAUGACAAUCAGCCAUCCUGGGUUGGACCAUUCACGGCCUUUCCACAGUACCAGUGCCAACCUGACUGAGAGCAUAACAGAAGAGAGCUAUAGUUUCCUGCCACAAAGCCCCUCCAAGAAAGACUUUGAAGGGAAGAGUGGAACAAAAGUCAGUCGUACAUUCAGCUACAUCAAGAAUAAAAUGUCCAGCAGUAAGAAGAGCAGAGAAAAGGAAAAAGAGAAAGAGAAAAUUAAGGAGAAGGAGAAGGAUUCAAAGGAGAAGGACAAGGACAAGAAGACCGUCAAUGGGCACACUUUCAGCUCCAUCCCUGUUGUGGGUCCGGUCAGCUGUAGUCAGUGUGUGAAGCCUUUCACCAGCAAGGACGCCUACACGUGUGCAGGUUGCAGUGCUUUUGUCCACAAAGGCUGUAGAGAAAGUCUGGCGUCCUGUGCUAAGGUCAAAAUGAAGCAGCCCAGAGGGAGCCUUCAGGCACAGGACACGUCUUCACUGCCCACAGUCAUCAUGAGAAGCAAGCCCUCACAACCCAAGGAGCGUCCUCGAUCUGCAGUCCUCCUGGCGGAUGAAGCCACUGCCAUUCCCAUGUUUGCCAACAGACGGUCCCAGCAGAGCAUCUCACUCUCCAAAAGUGUCUCCAUACAGAACAUUGCUGGAGUUGGCAAUGACGAGAACAUAUCAAACACCUGGAAAUUCCUGUCUCAUUCAACAGACUCACUAAAUAAAAUCAGCAAGGUCAAUGAGUCAACAGAAUCACUAACUGAUGAGGGAGUAGGUACAGACAUGAAUGAAGGACAGCUAAUGGGGGACUUCGAGAUGGAAUCCAAACAACUAGAAGCCGAGUCCUGGAGCCGCUUAGUGGACAGCAAGUUUCUGAAACAGCAAAAGAAAGAUGUGGUCAAACGGCAAGAAGUGAUUUAUGAGUUGAUGCAGACAGAGUUGCACCACAUCCGGACGCUGAAGAUCAUGAGCGAUGUGUACAGCCGGGGCAUGAUGACCGAGCUGCUCUUCGAACAGCAGACAGUGGAGAAGCUCUUCCCCUGCUUGGACGAGCUGAUCGGUAUCCAUAGCCAGUUCUUUCAGAAGAUCCUGGAACGGAAGAAGGAAUCUCUGGUGGAUAAAAGUGAAAAGAACUUUCUCAUCAAGAGGAUGGGAGAUGUGCUUGUAAAUCAGUUUUCAGGGGAGAAUGCAGAGCGCUUAAAGAAAACAUACGGCAAGUUUUGUGGGCAGCACAACCAGUCUGUGAACUACUUUAAAGACAUUUAUACCAAGGAUAAGCGGUUCCAGGCCUUCGUGAAGAAGAAGAUGAGCAGUGCCGUCGUGAGGAGGCUGGGAAUCCCGGAGUGCAUAUUGCUGGUGACCCAGCGGAUCACCAAAUACCCGGUUUUAUUCCAGAGAAUACUGCAGUGUACCAAAGACAAUGAAGUGGAGCAGGAAGACCUGGCUCAGUCCCUGAGCCUGGUGAAGGAUGUGAUUGGCGCUGUGGACAGCAAAGUGGCAAGUUAUGAAAAGAAGGUGCGUCUCAAUGAGAUUUAUACAAAGACAGAUAGCAAGUCGAUCAUGAGGAUGAAGAGUGGCCAGAUGUUUGCAAAGGAGGAUUUGAAGAGGAAGAAGCUUGUGCGGGAUGGGGGUGUGUUUCUGAAGAACGCAGCAGGAAGGCUGAAAGAGGUUCAAGCAGUUCUGCUUACGGACAUUUUAGUGUUCCUUCAAGAAAAAGACCAGAAAUACGUCUUUGCGUCACUGGACCAGAAAUCAACAGUGAUCUCGCUAAAGAAGCUGAUUGUCAGGGAAGUAGCACAUGAGGAGAAAGGUUUGUUCCUAAUCAGCAUGGGGAUCAGGGACCCAGAGAUGGUGGAGGUGCACGCCAGCUCCAAAGAGGAGCGGAACAGCUGGAUUCACAUCAUCCAGGACACGAUCAACACCCUGAACAGAGAUGAAGAUGAAGGAAUUCCUAGUGAGAAUGAGGAAGAAAAGAGGAUGCUGGACACCAAAGCCCGAGAACUGAAAGAGCAACUUCAACAGAAGGACCAGCAGAUCCUCCUCUUACUGGAAGAGAAGGAGAUGAUUUUCCGAGACAUGACUGAGUGCAGCACCCCCUUGCUGGAGGACUGCUCCCCAACUCACAGCUCUAGAAUCCUCUUCCGCUCCAACACAGAAGAGGCUCUCAAAGGAGGACCUUUAAUGAAAAGUGCAAUAAAUGAGGUGGAGAUCCUUCAAGGUUUGGUGAGUGGAAGCCUGGGAGGCCCGCUUGGGCAGGCUGUCAGUAGCCCUGUUGAGCAAGAAGGCAUGGUUGGUCCUGUUUCCUUGCCCCGGAGAGCAGAGACCUUUGGAGGAUUUGACAGCCAUCAGAUGAAUGCUUCAAAAGGAGGUGAAAAGGAAGAGGGAGAGGACGGCCAAGAUCUGAGGAGAACCGAAUCGGACGGUGGUCUGAAAAAGGGUGGAAAUGCUAACCUGGUAUUUAUGCUUAAAAGAAACAGUGAGCAGGUUGUCCAGAGUGUCGUUCACCUCCAUGAACUCCUCAGCACGCUGCAGGGCGUGGUGCUGCAGCAGGACAGCUACAUCGAGGACCAGAAGCUGCUGCUGGCGGAGCGCGCGCUCACGCGGAGCUCGUCGCGCCCCAGCUCCCUGGUGGAGCAGGAGAAGCAGCGCAGCCUGGAGAAGCAGCGCCAGGACCUGGCCAACCUGCAGAAGCAGCAGGCGCAGCACCUGGAGGAGAAGCGGCGGCGCGAGCGCGAGUGGGAGGCCCGCGAGAGGGUGCUGCAGGAGCGCGAGGCACGGCUGGCACAGCGCGAGCAGGACGUGCGGCGCGGCCAGCAGGACCUGGAGCACGAGCGCGACGAGCUGCAGCUCAAGAAGGGCGCCUACCAGUGCGACCUGGAGAGGCUGCGCGCCGCCCAGAAGCAGCUGGAACGCGAGCAGGAGCAGCUGCGGCGGGACGCCGAGCGACUCAGCCAGAGGCAGGCAGAGCACGACGCCUGUCAGGUGUCCCAUCAACACGCCAAGCUGCUGAGGAUCCCGUCCUUCCUUCCAAAUCCUGAGGAGUCCCCCUUGCCAUCUGUACCUCCCAUAGCCAAAUCAGGAUCCCUGGACUCAGAACUCUCUGUGUCCCCAAAAAGGAACAGCAUCUCUCGGACACACAAAGAUAAGGGGCCUUUUCACAUACUGAGUUCCACCAGCCAGACAAACAAAGUACCAGAGGGUCAGAGCCAGACCCCCGUGCCCACCUCCGCCUCCACCCGCCUGUUUGGGUUAGCUAAGCCAAAGGAUAAGAAGGAGAAAAAGAAGAAGAACAAAGGCAGCCGCUCUCAGCCCGGUGGUCUAGUCCAGUCGUCAGUGUAACUAGUACUUGGUGCACAUUUCCCAAGAUCUGAUUAAUCCUGCAAGUGGCUGUGUGAAGGAGGUGAUGCCAAGCUCAGAGAGACCAACAAAUGUGCCUGCCCGCACCAAGCUUGUGAUUAAAUCCCACUAGCCGAGGCUUCCAGUUUGUGCAGCCCUUUCUCCUAGGUCCUCCCUCUGUCGUCCUCGUGAGGAUUGCGCCCUCCCAUCUCCCUGGGAGCUCAAAGAGCAGUUUCUAUCUCCGGGCCUGUUUGGGAAUAGGAAGUCUAGUGCUUUGUCAAGUUAAAGGGACCAGUGGACAGCGAGGGGACCAGUCAGGGAGCCCCAGUGGCUGGGAGGGUGGGUGGAUUGCCCACUAGGCCAGUGUCUGCAUCUCAGAAGACUGGGGUUGAGGAGGAAAGGAAGGGAGUUCAAUGAGCAGUUUUUUCUGAAGUUCUUUCUCCUUGGUUUCCCCUUUGCUAGACGGCCCCAUGUCAGAAGUGCCCGCAGAGGGUGAAGAGAUCUUCUGCUGACCCUGCCCUCUGCCCUGGCCACUGCCUCCUGUCUUGGCCCGUGGUUACCAGCCCCACCUCUCCUGCUGUUUCUGGGUGUGGUCUCUUACCUUGGACACCGGAGCUGCCCCAGGUCCUGGACCAGAGGAACAGAUGGUCUCAAAUGUCAGGGUGGGGCAGGAGACCUGGGUUGGGAGGCGGCUGCCCACGGCUCCCGGCUUGGGCCCGGCCCUACUGAGAAUGUUACACUGAAAGUAGUGGCCUUACAAGUCCAGGCGAUGGUUUCAGACAUGUCAGGAAUCUGUAACGGCUGAAAGAAGUUUCCAAAUAAGGUCUGAAAUUCUACCUGCCUUUUUUUGAGGGACACAAGCAACAAACAGCAGAUAGUUUGGACUUGGUCUGUGUACAUAGUUACCCGUCUGCAUAUACACAUGGGGCGUGCCAGAGUUAGGCGCUGUCUGCAGCAGAGGCCUGGUCAGCUUGGCGCAGGAGUGCUCCCCGGCCCUGUGCUGGGAGCACUCGGGCGCUUGGCGCGUCACCCCCUAGUCCUCCAAGGCGGUUUUCCUGUUCCCCUACCCCGUGCACACCUCACCUCUUUCUGCAUAUAUUUCUCAUUUCAUUUUAGAAGGGAUGGCAAACAUUUGUGAAAACCAGUGACAGAAGGCAUGAUGUGCUUAAAAGGCAUUAUAUAUAUAUAUAUAUAUAUAUAUACACACACACAUAUGUAUAUAUGUAUAUAUAUAAUAUGUAUAUAUACGUAUAUAUAUGCACACACACACAUAUAUAUGAUCUGUACCACCUUGAUUUUGGUGGUCGUUUAAAAAAAUCUGAUUUUAACAUGAAAUCCAAAGAAAUCAUAAACUGGCUUUCCAAGAUGUUUGCCCACGUACUCUGGGCACAGAUGAAGUAGAGAAGUCUCCUCGUCCUCACUCCUGCAUUGUGACACUUUUUGGUUGUCACUGACCCACAGCCUCCUGGUACCAUCCCAGGGGAAGCUGCUGCUCCAGCAGUGAGGUUGUCCCCACCCCUGCGCUAGGGUUCAGGUGAAGGUGUUGGGCCCCUCCAUCGUCAUUUUUAUACCAGUACGGCCCGAGAGGUAGCUGGCCCAGGCGUGGCCGGGGAAAUGCUCAUUCUGUAUCCAGAGGCCAAGGCAGAAAUUGAUUUCCUAAAACGUUUUUCAAAUCUAAAGGUCUGUUGUUACUGUCCUCCACCCCUUGAAGACGCCACAGUUGCAGCCUGGUUUCUCUUCUUCCCUGCACUGUGGGUGACGGUAUUUGCUUGAGGCUUGUCACCAGCUGCCAGGAGCAGGAUGGUUCGUGAAGUUCCUCUGAGGCCCCAUCUCCCUGCUGGACCCUGGACAAGUCUGCUUUCAGUGUGCCCUUCCAUGCCUGCUUUUUGCUCCUCAGGAGCAUGGGUCUUCAAACAUACUUUAAAAAAAACAAAAAAAAAACUUGGUGCUUGUUGAUGAAUUGCAAGCUGGCCUUGCAGGUGGAGAUAUUUAUCUUUCAGUUUAUUUGAAAGAGGUCUGCUUUAAAAUUUUUAGCUUAGAUUUAUUUAUUUUGUGUGUGUGUGUGUCUUUUAAAACGGUUUCAACUCUCUGAUCAGUGCAGAAAGUGAGCAGCCAUCAGCGCUGUUCACUCCGCGGUGUCUGUCAAAGGGCCUUGAGGGCCCAAAGGAAAAUUAAAGGUUGGGGAAGGGGAAUCCAUUUCCUUCCCUCCUCUCACCCCCAUCUCAUUCUUUGAUCAAGGAAUGUCUUCUUCCUUGCUUGAGGGUCGAGAAACUUAACCAUCUGUGAGUCACGUUCACCUCUUUCGGUCAUGGAGAUUUCUUAGCCUUCAGAAACAGACUUUAAGAACAAAACCAACUAAGCUAGUCAUCGUUUGAACCAUGUUGUACCCCGCCCCCAGACCCUAAACAGUGAAAAGAAAGGUUACUUCCUUGCCUCAGUCCAUCCGGCCCCGAGCCAUGUCUGCCGGGGAUUUCCUCAGAUGCACAUGGAGCCCAGAUGCCUGUUCUUGUCACCAACUCGAGUUCCCUUCUGGGGCUUGCCGUCCAGCUAGAUGUGGGCUGCUGGAGGGAAUGGCACCGGAGAAGGAAGCCCGUAUCCUUCUUCCUCGGUGUCAAUGCAGGCCAGGCCGCCCUGUUCCCUGAGCUCGCAACAGGAAGUGCUGUGGACCCCGAGUUUCUGUCCGCCGCUGCCCAGCUUGAUGGCCGUUUGAAAGUGUCCUUUACUCCCAGCUCACUAUGAUGUUUCAGUUGCUUUGGUGGUGGUGGUGGUGGUGGUGUUUAAAUUUUAAAUGGAGGCUUCACCUGUACCCACCCCCCAGUCACUUCGCUCUAUCAGGUUCUGGUUGGACAAGUGGAGAAUCAGACUUGGAAAGUAGCCUCCUGCCUCCACCCCACCUUCAUCCAAAAUCGAGUCUGCUAUGCACAGAGACAACUGCUUAUUAAGAGCCGUGCUUUGACACGUCUUGCUCUGCCCACCCUCUCACCCUCCUGCCCCGCCCCGGGAGACUGAACUCCGGGGGACUUCUUUGUCGCGCUUGGAGAACUACCUGGAUUGUUGCUGCUUGUGCUUGUGGCCUUGAGAACCACUCUGGUUCUGGAGUCUAAAGCCCCAUCUGGGCUCUUUUCCUGUGAGAAGGGCUUGUCUGCCAGGGGGACCCCGAGGCAGUUCCCUGUUGUGUCCUCCAGCAAGCUUAAGAAAACAGAUGCCUGAGGUUGUGGUUAAGUUUUGGGGGACAGAUAGAGACACCAGCCAGAGUCUAGUGACGUUCCUGGAAGGAGGCUCAAAAGUUCUAUCUCAAAAAUUAUAUCAUCUCAGAAGUUGUCAUCCCAGUUGGGUGACGUGCACUUUAAAUGCUCUCAUCUGUUGGCUUCAUUUUUGAGACAAUCAGCUUUGUGAACUGUUUUCUUCUUUGAAAACAGAGAGGGUUAAAAACAUGCAAGUUGCCGUAAUUCAUUCUUUGCCAACAUUCCAUUCUCUACCCCACAAGAGCGACCUGUGGGGAAGAAAUACUUAUCAAGAUUUUUUUUUUUUUUUUUGUAAAGGGUACGACUCUUACCUUUCUCCCUCUUAAUGUCUCAGGGUAGCACCACUAAAGUUGUCUGAGAGAAUGUUCUCCCUUAUUCUCUCCCCGGGCCCUAGUAGCAGUAAGCACAAAUUUUCAAGACCCUUGGGGUUUGUUGUACCUUUCCUGGGAGGGGGCAGGUAUGGGGGUGCGGGUGUGCAGGCCCCACUUUAAGUGAAGAGCAGAACCAUACCUUGGAGGGCAGGACUUGAUCCAGAAGUUGCUGUUCAUAGAAGUAUUUGAUAUCUCAUUGCUUGGUCCCGAAGAUGGCUUUCCCACAGCCAGUUCUUUCUUCCCAAGGAUUUUGGUAUUUGCCCGGAGUGGGGCGCUGCAGGCCACUCCAGUGUUGAUGGUGACCAGUUGUGCCCAGGCCAGCCGAGCCCUGGAAGGGGGUUGGAGACACUGUUCUGGUGAGUGGGCCUCAGUGGCCGUACACAGGGUGGCUUGGAGGCGACCUCAGACUCUGCCAGAGGGGCUUGACCCCCACCCCGAGGCUUGGACGCCCUUGGACUGUGGAAGCCCAGAACUAGCCCUGUGGGUUAGAUGGCAGUGAUUGAGAGACGUGCGCCUUGCCCGCCCACCUUCAGCUAGACACACACAUGCCCGUGGUGCUGGGCCCAGGUCCCAGCCCGGCGCUCUGGACUCACUGACACGUGGAGACAGAGAGGAGGGCAAAGAGUUUGUUGUGGUUUGCGUCUUCAUUUUUCUUCCAGUGUAGCCUAACAUUCCUAGUUAACCAGAGCCUUGGAGUCUACAGCCUGCUGGCCAGGUUUUAAAGUGAAAAAGUAUUUUAAUGCUGCCAUAAAAGUUUAAAAAAAAAAAAAAAAAAGGAAGGGAAAAACAAAGGCUUCUUUCCUUGUACUCAUCUAAUUUAAUUUGUCAGAAGAUUGACAGGCCUUGAAUUAGUUCUCCAUCUCACUAAGGUCGAAAGCCGGGCAAACCCAGCUGGCCAACGUCCUCCAGCCCCAGAUCACGACGCCCUGCUCCACACACCUGGCUGAGCCCGGCCUGUGCUGGGGGCUCCUCGCUGCCACAAAGCAGAGGGCACUGCCCCCCCACCCGGCCUCUUCACCCCAGAUACUCACCCAGCUUGAGCUCUCCAGCCUUUGCAGCCACCCGACAGGGGCCCGCCUGGUCAGCUUGCCCACGGUCACGGUUCAGCCUGUGGUUUUCUGUGCUCCUUACCCACUGGGGGCGCGGGGACGCCCAGACUGCAGGAGGGCGAUUACCGUACACCUUAUACCUCUGCUUUUGUUGUUUCACAUGCUAGACGAACAUUUCUGUGCUAGAUUCUUUUAAAUAAAGGGUUAAAACCCAGAUGCUGUAUAUUAAUUUGUAAUUAUGUAUAAAGUAAAGCAGUUUUAAACUGUAAAAAAUUUUUUUCAGUGUGUUUUCUGGGAUUUUGCCACAACAUACUGGCUUUGUAUUUUAUUUAUCUUCCUUUCUAGUUAUUGGCUUCAGAUUCUACUUGUAAAGUCUCCUCCACCAAUUCAAAAAAUAAAUGUCCUCUACGUCUCAA